ACGACGACGACAAUCACUACCGACACCCAAACUAGUGCAUAUACUUAUCAUUUCGCUGGGUAUUACGAUAGAAACAAGUAAAGUCUAGGAAGAACACUGUGGAAUUGAAGUGAGGAGUAGCAUGGACGACCUCGAUCGGCAGAUCGAGCAGCUCAAACGAUGCGAAAUCCUCCCCGAGCCAGAAGUACGACUUCUAUGCCUCAAAGCGCGCGAGUUGCUCAUCGAGGAGGGCAACGUCGUCUAUGUUGACUCGCCAGUAACAGUCUGCGGAGACAUACAUGGGCAGUUCUUUGACAUGCUCGAACUGUUCUUCAUCGGCGGGUGGUGUCCAGACACCAAGUAUAUCUUCAUGGGCGACUUUGUCGACCGAGGGUUCUACAGCGUCGAGACCUUUCUCCUACUCCUCGCCUUGAAAGUCCGGUAUCCAGACCGCAUGACCCUAAUUCGAGGGAACCACGAGUCCCGUCAGAUCACACAAGUUUACGGCUUCUACGACGAGUGCACACGCAAGUAUGGGUCCGCGACCGUCUGGCGCUACUGCUGUGACGUGUUCGACUACCUUGCCCUCGGGGCGCUGGUCGACGGCCGCAUCUUCUGCGUACAUGGAGGUUUAUCCCCCAGCAUCCAGUAUCUGGACACGAUCCGCGCGAUAGACCGGAAGAUGGAAGUCCCGCACGAUGGGGGGAUGUGUGACUUACUCUGGUCAGACCCGGACGAUAUCGCUGGUUGGGGCCUGUCACCGCGUGGUGCAGGCUUCCUCUUUGGAGCAGACGUCGUCCGCACCUUCUGUCACAGUAACGACGUCGACCUGAUCGCGCGCGCACACCAGCUCGCUAUGGAGGGCUACAAGCUCAUGUUCGAAAAACGGAUCGUUACUGUCUGGAGCGCGCCUAACUACUGCUACCGUUGCGGGAACGUAGCGAGCAUAAUGUCGCUGCACGAGAACCUGGACCAGGAGUACAAAAUCUUCACCCACGCCGCUAUCGAAUCUUACUCCGUACCUGCUAAACGUCCGCCAGCAGAGUACUUCCUAUAGAGUGUCUAUUCAUAAGCUAUGGGGUUGCGUCGAUAUGGGUUGUGUAAUUCUACUCCGGGUUGCUGGUGGUUGUUUUCACACUUCGGAUUGUGUUCUCCGGCACUGUAUUCUAAACUAUAAAGAAGUAGCAAAUAGAGUAAUAUUAUGUCCUGCAUGCUCUAUCGCCCUUCUCCCAUCGCAGGAUGGCUCCAGCUCACAGCUCAUACUGUUCCAGGCCCAUAAACCUCUCCACACCGCCUCUCGAAUGCCUGCACCAUCUUCCCACUAACCUUAUCGAAGAACGCCUUUGCAAGCACGGCAUGCAGUGGGUUGGAAAAGCUAUAAGAGAGGUCGAUGGUGAGGAGUGUCGGGCCUGUGAGCGGAUCUGCGACGGGGGCGGGUGUUGGGGUGUUGGGGUGUGAAGGGGAGGAGGAGGAGAAAGACCAUGUCGUAACGAGUGACUUGAACAGAGGGAUCUGGGAGGUUGCGGUCGCCUAGCAAAAACGAUCAGCAAGCUCGGAAUUAUACAUAUUCUUCACGGGCUUUACCUGCACCAGCUCGUACGGUCGACCAAUUACCCUGCUCACGUACUGCUCUUUCACACCCAUGAACCCGACUUCGAGCUCGGCGUCGCACUCCAUCUCCAUCUCAUCCGCCUUGGAUGAACUGAUACCAGACCCUGCUCCCAAAUCUCUAGCACCAUCGGGGAGCGUACGUGCUAACGGGCGGUAUGUAGGACCGGAGAGGAUACGUGCCCCAACACAGUAGGGGAUGAACUGGGGAUAGGAAGGGAUGUCCGCUACCAAGGCAUACAGUUGACGGCGAUCAUAUCUACCCGGUUGUCGUCAUGCUUCACGUAGACCAGAGUUGGGGAGAAAGGACGCACGGGAGGACCUUGCGCUCGUGAUAUGUUUGCACGUCCUCUUGUUCUCCACGCCCGGCUGAUGCAGCGACCUUUGCGAGGUCGGAGAGGGAUAGAAAUGACCGACGUUGUGCUAUCUGUGCAUUUCCUAGACUGCGGAGUGCUGGUGUGAUGGGGAGAGUGC